GAGAGUUUGGUGCCCCGGAGUGGGGUGUCGGCGCCUCAUUCGGGUGGAGCUGAGCCGGAGACAGGCCUGCGCUUUGAAGCAGGGACUAGAGGCCCACUUCCAGGUACACUGCUCUGAGCAGCUUUAGGAUGAAUCGCCUGGGAUGAAGCCUUGUUUGCGCUGUGUCAGGACGUGCAGCAGUCCAACCGCACAGAUUUUUGUGCAAGACCUGCGCGACAGUCGUGAGAGACUUCAGGACAAGAAUGUUUCACUUAAGGACUUGUGCUGCUAAGUUGAGGCCAUUGACGGCUUCCCAGACUGUGAAGACAUUUUCACAAAACAGACCAGCAGCAGCUAGGACGUUUGGGCAGAUCCGGUGCUAUACUGCCCCCGUUGCUGCGGAGCCCUUCCUCAGCGGGACUAGUUCGAACUAUGUGGAGGAAAUGUACUAUGCUUGGUUGGAAAACCCCAAAAGUGUACACAAGUCGUGGGACAUUUUUUUCCGAAACACCAACGCCGGAGCGCCCCCGGGCACCGCCUACCAGAGCCCGCUCCCCCUGAGCCUGGGCUCCCUGGCAGCUGUGGCCAGAGCGCGGCCCCUGGUGGAGGCUCAGCCCAACGUGGACAAGCUGGUGGAGGAUCACCUGGCGGUGCAGUCUCUCAUCAGGGCCUACCAGAUACGAGGGCACCAUGUAGCACAGCUGGACCCCCUGGGAAUUUUGGAUGCUGAUCUGGACUCCUCCGUGCCCGCUGAUAUUAUCUCAUCCACAGACAAACUUGGGUUCUACGGCUUGGACGAGUCUGACCUGGACAAGGUCUUCCACCUGCCCACGACCACGUUCAUUGGCGGACAGGAGUCGGCCCUUCCGCUGCGGGAGAUCAUCCGACGCCUGGAGAUGGCGUACUGCCAGCACAUUGGGGUGGAGUUCAUGUUCAUCAAUGACCUGGAGCAGUGCCAGUGGAUCCGGCAGAAAUUCGAGACGCCUGGGAUCCUGCAGUUCACCAACGAGGAGAAGCGGACCCUGCUGGCCCGGCUCGUGCGCUCCACCAGGUUUGAGGAGUUCCUGCAGCGGAAGUGGUCAUCUGAGAAGCGCUUCGGUCUCGAAGGCUGCGAGGUGCUGAUUCCUGCCCUCAAGACCAUCAUUGACAAGUCAAGUGAGAAUGGAGUGGACUAUGUGAUCAUGGGGAUGCCGCACAGAGGGCGGCUGAACGUGCUUGCAAACGUCAUCAGGAAGGAGCUGGAGCAGAUUUUCUGUCAGUUCGACUCAAAGCUGGAGGCAGCUGAUGAGGGUUCUGGAGACGUGAAGUACCACCUGGGCAUGUAUCACCGGCGGAUCAACCGUGUGACCGACAGGAACAUCACCCUGUCGCUGGUGGCGAACCCUUCCCACCUGGAGGCUGCCGACCCCGUGGUGAUGGGCAAGACUAAAGCUGAGCAGUUUUACUGCGGGGACACCGAGGGAAAGAAGGUCAUGUCCAUCCUUCUGCACGGGGAUGCUGCAUUUGCCGGCCAGGGCAUCGUGUACGAGACCUUCCACCUGAGUGACCUGCCGUCCUACACGACUCACGGCACUGUCCACGUGGUCGUCAACAACCAGAUCGGCUUCACCACCGACCCACGCAUGGCCCGCUCCUCACCCUACCCCACCGAUGUGGCCCGAGUCGUGAAUGCCCCCAUUUUCCACGUGAACGCGGAUGACCCGGAGGCAGUCAUGUACGUGUGCAAGGUGGCAGCCGAGUGGAGGAGCACCUUCCACAAGGACGUGGUGGUGGACCUGGUGUGUUACCGACGCAAUGGCCACAACGAGAUGGACGAGCCCAUGUUCACGCAGCCGCUCAUGUACAAGCAGAUCCGCAAGCAGAAGCCCGUGCUGCAGAAGUAUGCCGAGGUGCUGGUGUCGCAGGGCGUGGUCAACCAGCCUGAGUAUGAGGAGGAGAUCUCCAAGUAUGACAAGAUCUGUGAGGAGGCCUUCACCAGGUCCAAGGACGAGAAGAUCUUGCACAUCAAGCACUGGCUGGACUCCCCCUGGCCUGGCUUCUUCACCCUGGACGGGCAGCCCAGGAGCAUGACCUGCCCCUCCACGGGCCUGACGGAGGAUAUUCUCACGCACAUUGGGAACGUGGCCAGCUCCGUGCCUGUGGAGAACUUCACCAUUCACGGAGGGCUGAGCCGGAUCCUGAAGACCCGUGGCGAGCUGGUGAAGAACAGGACGGUGGACUGGGCACUGGCAGAGUACAUGGCUUUUGGCUCCCUCCUGAAGGAGGGCAUCCAUAUCCGGCUGAGCGGCCAGGACGUGGAGCGGGGCACUUUUAGCCAUCGCCACCACGUGCUGCACGACCAGAACGUGGACAAGAGAACCUGCAUCCCCAUGAACCACCUCUGGCCCAACCAGGCCCCCUACACUGUGUGCAACAGCUCGCUGUCCGAGUACGGGGUCCUGGGCUUUGAGCUGGGUUUUGCCAUGGCCAGUCCCAACGCCCUGGUCCUCUGGGAGGCCCAGUUUGGUGACUUCCACAACACGGCCCAGUGCAUCAUCGACCAGUUCAUCUGCCCGGGACAAGCCAAGUGGGUGCGGCAGAACGGCAUCGUGCUGCUGCUGCCCCACGGCAUGGAGGGCAUGGGUCCGGAACAUUCCUCCGCCAGGCCAGAGCGGUUCCUGCAGAUGUGCAACGACGACUCAGACGUCCUGCCGGACCUUAAGGAAGCCAACUUUGACAUAAAUCAGCUGUAUGAUUGCAACUGGGUUGUCGUCAACUGCUCCACCCCUGGCAACUUCUUCCAUGUGCUGCGUCGCCAGAUUCUCCUGCCCUUCCGGAAGCCGUUAAUCAUCUUCACCCCCAAGUCCCUGCUGCGGCACCCUGAGGCCAGAUCCAGCUUUGAUGAGAUGCUUCCAGGUACCCACUUCCAGAGGGUGAUCCCAGAAGAUGGCCCUGCAGCCCAAAACCCAGAAAACGUCAAGAGACUUCUCUUCUGUACCGGCAAAGUGUACUAUGAUCUUACCCGAGAGCGCAAAGCGCGGGAUAUGGCAGAGCAAGUGGCCAUCACGAGGAUCGAGCAGCUGUCGCCCUUCCCCUUCGACCUCCUGCUGCAGGAGGUGCAGAGGUACCCCAGCGCCGAGCUGGCCUGGUGCCAGGAGGAGCACAAGAACCAAGGCUACUACGACUACGUGAAGCCCAGGCUGCGGACCACCAUCAGCCGCGCCAAGCCUGUGUGGUACGCUGGCCGGGACCCAGCGGCGGCUCCAGCCACCGGCAACAAGAAGACCCACCUCACGGAGCUGCAGCGCCUCCUGGACACGGCCUUCGACCUGGACGCCUUCAAGAAGUUCUCGUAGAUGCUGCCUGGGCUGCUUAGGCCGCCCUCCACCUCACGACUGCCCCUUGCUUCUCCACUAAAGAAUAGUGCUCCGCGCUGCCCGCACCUCUGUCCGUCCCUGCACCACACACGCCCCCUCGCUCACUUAGGAAUUAGGCUGCUCUCCCCCCUCACGUGCUCGGCUGCCCCCCAAGCCGGAUGCUCCCCAGGCUCUGUGACUUCUGUCCAGCUGAGCAGCCUUAAUGGAGGCAGUGGGGAGCGGGAGGAGGAGAGGGAGCCCCUGCAGGUGUCCUGGGAGGGUCAGAUCUGCCCUCACCCCCCCAGAUCACCCCCAGGACUGGCCUCACGUGGCAUACCCUUGUGCUGGCGGUCCUUGUCACCCAGCAGGGUGGCUUCCUCUCCUCAGGCUGCGCCCCAGACCCCUCGGAGGAGCCGCCACUGUCAGAGGCUUUGUGGGGGGGGGAGGGGGGUUCCGCCAGGACCCUUGCCGUGCAGUGAGCAGAGGGCACUGCCGAGGGGUGGCUGGUGGGAGACGGCCCGAGACUGACCUGCACGGAGAGGGCGGGCCCGCUCUCUUCAGCGUCCACGUCCUCCCCUCGAGAGGGUCCCAGGCCGUGCACAGGGGCCGUGCCUACUCCACCCGCCUGGGGCUGGGUGGCGCCCGGGCCCGUGGGGUGUGCGUGGCGGGAAGCGCCACUCGGGGCUCUAGGGCCAGGGCGCAGGCUGCUCGUCUGGGUCCUGCCCUCCCUUAACCUCCAGUUCCACCUCCUUUCCUCUUUCCUUCUACACGAUGGAGACUCCGAAGCAUCCUUCUCUCUGCUGUGCCAAAGCUGGUCAGAAGGGGGAGAGGAGGGGCAGGAGUGAGGGGCGUCACUAGGCCGAGGGGCCAGCUCCCCUGACCUGUCACAGGGACAGAUCUGAUUUAUUUAUUUUGGUUAAAAAAAAAAAAAUAACGAAAACAACUUUGCAUUGCAUUUGGCUUGACCCAUAAACUAAGUUAUCCUUG